GUAGCUUGCGGACUGCAAGAAGCAUCGUCUGUCCACUUGCAAUACACAAAGUCCACAUUUAAUUGCGUUAACGAAACUAGGCUUCGCAUCAUUUAAGUGUAUAAUUUUAAAUAAAUAACACGUUUUGUGUGUUAGUGAUAAGAAAAAUGUCUGAAGAUCAAAGUCGUGGUCGUCGUCGUCCUUCGCGGGAACAGCGAUACGCAAGAUCACAUUCACCGCAAGAAGCUUUAACAAGCAGUUCUGGAGGAGGCGGCGAUUCUCAUCGAAGGCGUAGAGAGCGCGAACCAUCGGAUGAGCCCCGUCCGUCUAAAGUAUAUAAAAAGGAGCCUGUUUCUCCAGAUAGAAGUUCUAGUUCAUCUCGUAAUGGAAAUUCACGCAAGGAACAACAUGAACAGCCAACAACGUCAGCUGCCGCAGCAGGUGGUGGAGGAGAUGCCACUGAUGUUGGUGAUAACGCAUUGAAGCGGGAGCGCUAUGAAAUUGUCCACACUCGGCCCUCUGAUAUACAAACAAAGAUGGGUAGUGGAGGUACCCCAAUUACUUUGCAAACCAAUUAUUAUCGUUUGUUGACAAAACCAACAUGGCGCAUAUUUCAAUAUCACGUUGAUUUUUCACCGCAGAUUGAAAUGCGUCGUGUACGAGGUGGAAUGCUUUCAGAACAUCGUGAACUUCUAGGUGGUUAUUUGUAUGAUGGUACUAAGCUAUUUACAUCUUGCAAAUUACAGGAAGACAAAACUGUAAUUCAGGCUAAAUCCAAGUUCGGUGACAGCUACACUAUUGUUAUAAAAUAUGUUGGUGUAAUUUCUAUGACAGAGUGGCAGUCUCUGCAGAUUUUAAAUUUAAUUUUGCGCCGUUCUAUGGAAGGUCUCAAAUUGCAGUUAGUCGGCAGAAAUUUUUAUGAUGCGAUGGCAAAAAUUGACUUGCGAGAGUACCGUUUGCAACUAUGGCCUGGUUAUCAGACAUCCAUUCGCCAACAUGAGAGAGACAUAUUACUUUGUGCGGAAAUCGCUCACAAAGUUAUGCGAACUGAAACUGUUUAUGAUAUUUUGAAGCGGUGUACAGAAACGGCUAAGGAUUUCGAAGAGGAAUUUCGUCGUAACGUAUUGGGGCUUACAGUUCUCACUGAUUAUAAUAAUAAAACUUAUCGAAUUAACGAUGUUGAUUUCAGCAAAAAUCCAACAAAAACAUUUAAGUGCAAAGAGAAAGAAGUAUCAUUCAUUGAUUAUUAUUACCAAAAAUAUCAUAUUCGCAUACGCGAUCCAAAACAACCACUACUCAUUUCAAAGGCUAAAGAUAGAGCAAUGCGAGGAGGUAGCAGUGACAUAAUCAUAUUGAUUCCUGAACUGUGUAGGCCUACUGGUCUCACCGAUACCAUGCGUAGCAAUUUUCAACUUAUGAGAGCAAUGGCGGAUCACACACGUAUGAAUCCUGAUCGACGUAUGGAUCGCUUACGAAUAUUUAAUCAAAGGUUACAACAGACAGCGGCCAGUGUACAAGUACUAAACGACUGGAAUAUGGCAUUAGAUCGUCAUUUGGUUGAGUUUAACGGUCGUGUACUGGAACCACAACGCAUCGUAUUUAGCGAACACAAAAAACAAUCGGCCGGAGAACAAGCCGAUUGGACACGUCUUUUCCGAGAUAAUGGUUUGUUUACGACUCCAUCGCGCGGUCUAGAUCGUUGGUCGGUUAUAGCUACAAACCGGAAUUCCAGAGAAUUAAGGAAUUUCGUUGAAUCCUUAAUACGAGCGGCCGGUGGUAUGCAGAUGAGAAUCAGUAGACCACGAGAAGUUAUGCUAUAUGACGACAGGAACCAUUCUUACAUUCAAGCAAUGGAAGACUGCAGUCGUCAAGAUCCCCAACUCAUUCUUUGUUUAGUACCAAAUAACAACGCUGAGCGUUAUGCCUCAAUUAAAAAGAAAGGAUGUUUGGAGCGUGCCAUUCCUACUCAGGUAAUAACUCAAAAAUCGGCCAAUAAUCAACGUGGCCUAAUGAGCAUUGCCACAAAAGUGGCUAUACAAAUCAAUUGUAAGUUGGGUUAUACACCAUGGAUGAUAGACCUUCCACUGUCGGGUUUAAUGACAAUCGGCUAUGACGUGGCUAAAAGUACGCGAGAUCGUUCAAAAGCUUUCGGAGCCUUGGUAGCGUCUAUGGACAUGAAAACGAAUGCCACUUUCUACAGCACGGUUGCAGAAUGCAGUUCCCAUGAUGUUUUGGCAAACAGUCUUUGGCCAAUGAUGACUAAAGCAUUACGGCAAUACCGCAAAGAACAUGAUGGUAAAUUACCAACACGCAUACUAUUUUACAGAGAUGGCGUGGGAGAAGGUUCACUUCGUCAAGUUUAUGAGCAUGAGGUUAAAGAUGUUGUGGAGAAACUCGAGCAAGAGUAUAAGCGUGUUGGUUCGGAGAAACCACCAAUGUUUGCCUAUGUUGUGGUAUCAAAAUCAAUUAACACAAGACUCUUUGCGCGUAAUCGCAAUCCCCCACCAGGAACUGUAGUGGACGAUAUAGUAACAUUGCCUGAACGCUAUGACUUCUUCCUUGUAUCACAGUCAGUGCGUCAGGGUACAGUGUCACCAACCAGCUAUAAUAUUGUAUACAGCAAUAUAAAACUUACACCAGAUCAAAUGCAGCUUUUGACAUAUAAGAUGACACAUUUGUACUACAAUUGGUCAGGUACAACACGCGUUCCAGCUGUAUGCCAAUAUGCCAAAAAACUUGCAACUUUAGUGGCUACUAGCCUAUACCAGCCUCCUCAGAAUGCACUUGAGAAAAAGCUAUACUAUUUGUAAGAGAUUUGUUGUUGAAGAAUUAAGUUUCAUUUCAUAUUCAAUUAUUUUUGUCCUUUUUAUAUAAGUAAGUUUUUUGGACGAUUUAAAGAAAUUCCUUGAAGGCUUUUGUUUUUUUAUAUUGACUAGAUAUGUAGAAUUUAAAUGCAGAUACCACUAUAUGUGUGUCGAAUGGACAAAUUAAUGGAUAUAAAUCCAAAUGAAUUAACGAAAUAUAUAAAAAUAUGAAUUGAUUUUAUACAAGCUUGAUAUGCUUAUGAGAUUAAUAAAUUCUCCAAUUUUUUUUUUUGUUACCCUGACAUGUAAAUGAAAUAAACAUACAAUUUUCUAUAAAACUUUAA